UUGGCUGGAUCACCAGUUGCACAGGUGCCAUUCUGCAAUGACUGUUUAAAUCGCUGGUGCUGCGAGAGGCUCCUGUUUUGAAGAAGGUCGCGACGAGAGACAUUGUCAUGCUUAGCAGUCAGGCUGAAGUUGAGACAUAUCGUCGCGGCCAGUUUAUUUUACGAGCUGGAUCGUCUAUGGAUAGGAUUUAUAUUAUUCAAGAAGGACAGGUUAGAAUAAGUUGGGGUGCAGCUGGAGGUUCAUCUCGUAAUUCUCGUGGUGAAACUGUUGCUGUUAUGAAGCGGUUGGAAAUACUUGGUGAGGCACUUAUUCUCAACGACGAGACGGUCAUCUCGUGGAAUUUCGUUGCUUCCUCUGAGCAUACAUCUGUCAUUGUUAUUGAACGGAGUUUAUUCACUGAGGCACUUCUUAAUGAUAUUAGGAAGGACCUCCAAGUGCAGCUUGUUGCGCUUGGUUUACAGAGAUUGCCUUCAUUUCUGGAGCUAAGUUCCGAACAACUUUACAGUCUAGGCCGUCACUUUGACGAUACCGCUCACGUCGCAGGCGAAGAGAUUACAAAAUGUGGUGACGUUUUGGGGCCUGAAGCUAGAAUUUACGUGGUUCAGAGCGGGACUAUAUGUCUUUCCAAGUCUGCUGACGACGAAAUGGUGAUGACACCGCGUGGCAGCCAUAUUUCCUACACCUCUAGACAAAACGUGAGGGAACCAAGGGACUCUGGUAUUGGCUUUUGGGGUAGCAGGCUUGGUUCACUACUUAAGUCCGGCAGUACACCUCAAUCUCCACGAAAUAGCAACUUUGUCGCGGGUGCACUGACUACCCAGGACUUGCUCAGUCUUUCACAGGGCCUUGGUGGAUCGACUAAAGUUAGAAAAGGUGGAAGUCCUCGUCAGAGUAUUGGUUGUAGCUCUCCUUGGACUCUCACGACCUAUGGUGUUUUUGGAGAUGAAUGCCUUUUAACUCGUGCAAGCGCAAAAGAUGAAAGCUACUGGCCACCUUGCAAAACAACAUCUGUGGUAGAAUCUUCCAGGGGAAUAUGUUUAUCCGUGACUAUUGCGAAGCUGACUUCAAUCCUUGGUCCUAUUCAAGAGCUACUCACCCGGUUGACAAAUACCAAAGUACUCGGGAAAAUACAUUGCUUAGACUACCUUUUUGGCUCAGAAAUAGACUUAUUAUCUCAUUCCAUGGGCGUGAGAAAGCUACAUUCUGGUGAAAUGUUGUAUCGAGCUGGAGACCCCGGUGAUCGUUUAUACAUCGUGAGCAAGGGAACAGUGAUCGAAACAGUACAUACUCCCACACCCGAUGGGAGCAAACAGAAGGGGGACCAGAUUCUUCUAUCUAAGGGAUCAUAUUUUGGAGAGAAUGCUCUUUUGGAUGACGAGCCAAGGCCUUCCACCAUGGUUGCGGGAACAAUGGAUGCCAACAGACCAGGAGGAGCAGAGCUUUUCUACCUGGACAAGGGAGUGCUGGAGGCAAACUUUGGACCGCUCCGGGAGCUCAUUGAAAAUCGUAAAAAGGAAAAUGAAUUGAAGGGAAUUGUUAAAACAAUCGGAUAUGAGGAUUUGGAAGAACUUGGAAUUAUCGGAACAGGGCUCUUCGGCAAAGUGAAGCUGGUGUUUUGCCGACGGACACGCGAGUAUUAUGCUUUGAAGUGUGUCAGCAAGGCAAAGGUCAUAAGACUCCAGGAGGAAGAACAUCUCAGAAAUGAGAAACUAUUUAUGACUGAAAUGGACCAUCCGUUUAUCACCAAGCUUAUUCGAACCUACAAGGAUGACAAGAAUAUUUACUUGCUUCAAGAGCUGACCACGGGAGGCGAGUUAUUCUUUCAUAUGGAGAAAGUUGGGCCUUUGAGGGAGGCUGAGGCAUCGUUUUAUGCCGGUGCUGUUCUUUUGGUGUAA